UUUUAGAAUUGUGUUAGUUGGUCUUAACCUAGUUGAAAUGCGAGAAUAGGGCGAUUACAGUGGACACGUCAGCUUUUGUUAUUGAAAAUCGGAGUCCUCCCACACCUGCGGCUCCUCUCGGGGCACGUCACCACCGCUGAAGACUUGCACACUCAAAAUCUUCAUUAUAAUUCGCCUUCCGAACCCCGAAACCCGUCAUCAUGGUGUUGCUGGCUGCAGCUGUGUGUACCCGCAGCGGGAAGGCUUUGGUGUCAAGGCAGUUUGUUGAAAUGACCAAGUCACGUAUUGAAGGUCUUUUGGCAGCUUUCCCCAAGUUGAUGACUGGGGGACGUCAGCAUACAUUUGUAGAAACAGAAUCUGUUCGUUAUGUUUAUCAGCCUCUAGACAGACUUUACAUGCUCUUGAUUACUACUCGUGCUUCAAAUAUUUUGGAAGAUCUUGAGACUUUGCGUCUUUUUUCACGUGUGAUACCAGAAUACUGCCGCAACAUGGAAGAAAGUGAGAUUCAAGAAAAUGCAUUCCAUCUCAUAUUUGCUUUUGAUGAGAUUGUGGCUUUGGGUUACAGGGAGAGUGUUAAUUUGGCUCAGAUUCGAACAUUUGUGGAAAUGGACUCUCAUGAAGAGAAGGUUUAUCGUGCUGUGCGAGAGACCCAGGAGAAAGAGGCACGAACAAAGAUGAAGGAAAAAGCCAAAGAACUCCAGCGCAAGCGUUAUGAAGAAUCCAAACGAGGAGUCAAAUCUCCUGGAUUUUCUGGUGGUAAUAGUGGAGGAUUUGGAAUGUCUGGAGGUUUUGGAGGGAACUCUGGUGGAUUCACUGCUCCAACAGAAGCUAUAACCCCAACACAGGAAUCUCGGCCUGCCACCAUUAAGCCAUCGGGCCCUAACCGUGCCAUGAAGUUGGGUAGCAAGGCAAAAGAUGUUGACUCCUUUGUGGAUCAGCUGAAAUCAGAAGGAGAAAGGGUAGUUUCUGCUACAGAGACUGUGAACAAGUUAGCUCCAGUUUCUACUCCACAAGUUGACGUGGAACCGAUUCAUAUUGUAAUGGCAGAAGACAUUAUUGUCCGAGCUGGAAGAGAUGGUGGCUUGCAGAACAUGGAGGUUCAAGGUAUCUUGAAACUGAGAAUUACUGACGCAGACCAUGGCUAUAUCAAAGUGCAGGUUGACAACUGUGAAACUAGACAAAUUCAAUUACAAACUCAUCCCAAUGUUGAUAGAGAACUUUGGCGCUCUUGUGGACAGAUAGGUAUGAAAAUGUCUAAUAGGCCUUUCCCAGCAAACACAGAUGUUGGUGUACUUAAGUGGCGCUUCCAAACAACAGAUGAUUCCCAGGUUCCUCUUUCAAUUAACUGCUGGCCACAAGAGAAUGGUGCAGGUGGCUGUGAUGUUAAUAUUGAAUAUAACCUGGAGAACACCGAAAUGGAAUUAAAUGAAGUAACUAUAACCAUCCCCUUGGCUGCUGGAGCACCACCUCCCGUUAUUAAUGACUGCGAAGGUGAACAUGAGUAUGAUCGUGCCCACUGUGCCCUGGUUUGGAGGAUACCCAUUAUUGACAAAACUGCACCAACUGCAGCUAUGGAUUUCACUGCCCGUGGUGUUCCAGAUAACUUCUUCCCUGUUCGUGUGAGUUUCAGCUCUACUCGGCCAUACUGUGACCUCAAGGUCUUAGGUGUAGUGAGCACAUCAGAUGGUGCUCCCAUCACUUUCUCUCAAGAAACGCAGUUGAAAACAAAUGUGUACGAAAUUGAUUAGGGUUGUUACUUGUUGGUUAUGGUGCACAAUAACUAUUAAAUUCAGAUGUUUUAUUACUACAAACUUAAUCCAUGUACAGAAGGCUGUAGGAAUAGGUUUCCCAAGCCAUCAUAAUGUAGUUUAUUGUUAUCUUCAUUCCUAUUCAACAUUUUCACUGCUGAUUACCGGUAAGUGUAUCAGUUUCAUGUGAGUAGUUAGCAAUCUGGAAUGACAAUACAUAAAUGCUUUCAUCCUAAAGACAGGAAUUCAAUAAGUGCUUAAGAUAUAUUGUACAGAGAAGCCAUAAGUUCUGUAUAUAUGGUACACCAUCCCUCUUUAGUUUAGUUUCUCCCUCACACUCCAUCUAUUCUCUUAACAAUACUUGUCAUGUUUUGUGUCUUCUUAAUGCAGUCUUCUUUUAUUUCUGACCACAUAGUAUGACACCAGUUAGUGUCAAGUUGUUAUCACUGUGACUUAAAUUUUCCCUAAUUUUCUUAAUAAUAUGAAGCACCAAUGUUGGUAGCUAUAUUGUCUAGUCAUGAUUGUCAGUCAUCGUUGGUUACGAAAGUUGUUGAGUCAUGGUUUUUGAAGAGACCUCAUAAGUCAUAUACAUAAUGAGAAAAGUAUCUGAUGUGAAGAUGAUAUUGGCAGUUUUAAUAUCUUUAUGGCUUAUCUUGAAUCUUGGCAUGGAUAAUUCAAAGGAUUGGUUUGGGCUGAGGUCUUGAAGUUAAUGUUUUUCUAUAAAUUUUGGGUGAAAACUUUGAAGAUAUGGUCAGGAAAUAAGUUUUGACUGUCUUUCUUGCGUUAUAUCCUGGUAUUAAUUUAGGCUUUUUCUUUUGAUGUUCCCAGUAUUACUUGUUCUUUUUUUUUUCCAUGCUGAAUAGGCUUCCUCCUCAAGGAUUUAGAUGGGAUGAGAGGGACAGAUGAAUUUGAUUAUAGGUGGCGCAUGCUAACCACAUUUGAUGAAUACUAUUUCAUCUCAUAUGAUAAGGAUGUAUAUAAAGAUUGCCUGGUAGUUAAUGCACUUUUCUAUAGUACCUUGAAAUGUGAGUUUUGUGACAAUAUUCUUUCAUUUUUACUACUGUGAAAUGGAUCUAUUUUUAUUGUGGGGUACUCUAUUUUAAUUUACUGUUAAGAAACAUUUACUAAAAGUUUAUAAAUCGCCUGAGGUGAUGAUUUUGGUAAAUUGCUGGAACUUUUAAUACCCAGCUUGUUUGUUGAUCAAAAGGAGUCUGACUAGGUUUAAUUUGGAGCUUUGAAAUAAUACUCUUAAAAAUUGUAAUUUUUACCAGUUAUUGUUGCAGAACGUCCAUUUAAGGUACACGUAUUUAAUUCAUGGCUUAAGGGAAAUGAGGUACUGUAGGUACAAGUUCUGAAGCAGCCUUUGUCCAAAUGUUGUAUUAAGGUUUAAGUUAUGAAAUUGUUGGUAAUUUAUAAGGAAAUUUACUGGUAAACUUGAAAUAUUUUUUUUAAUAUACAUUGUAUAUGAUAUUCAUUAAAGAUAUGAAAGCCAAGAA